AUGGCCCAACCAGUGGUCGAUGAGGAAGACUAUCCUUCCUGGAUCAAUGAUGACGUCUUCCGGCAAGCUCAUUUUCAAGGAGAUCCUCGAUAUAACCGUAGCGUUAUCCAGCAACUAGACACAACGUUAUCUCUCCUAGACGGCCAUAGACCAAAGAAAUGGGGCUUUGCUAUUAUGCCCACCACUAAUGGCCCUGGAUCGGACAAGAAAUUCGAGCAUGCUCUUGAAAUUAUAAACAAUAUCGCCCAGCACAGGGCUGAAGGCGAAGUUGAGGGUGUCAAGUUCCUGAUUACCCGUGGCAAAGAAACAGACUUUCGAUAUACUGAUAUCCCUAUUGAGGUUGACACGCGCCCAAAUGAGGAAUUCGUACGCCAGUAUGAGAAUGACGUCCUGGAGGAUCAGAAUUUGGAAAACGCCUCUUUGGCUGCGGUGCGCGGAUAUUUCAAAACCUGGAUCGCCUCCAAGGGGGGCUAG